UGACUGUGCGCAGUGAGCACACAACAGCAGCACACAACAGCAGCACACAACAGCAGCUUCAACUUCGAAACACACUCUGAACAAGAAACAAGACGCUUGUUGGAGGGAAUCGCGACUGCUAACAGUCUCCUGGUCAACCGAGGAAUACAAGCAGCGUUUCUGGUUUCCCAUAAACUCUGCAUCAUUUAAGGAAAUGUCCACAUGAAACCACCAGAAUGACUUAAAGUGUUGAACACAGGAAGAAGAAGAUGAAGAUAGCAAUGACAGAAAUAUCUACAGUAGAUGCAAACAGAAGAGAGAGAGAGUCGGUGUGUUCCUGUCCAGUCGGCCUCCUGGAGUGUGUCUCCCUCCUCCUCCAUCACCCCUCCCCCUUUUCUUUUUAUUUCAGCCUGAAUCUCCUCUGAAGACCUCCCCCACAAAAUCAACACACACUCACAGCUGACUGUGACUGGUCCACUCGCCGUCAGUCAGUGGCACGCUGUUUAGUCUUCAGUCAAUAUAUAUGGAUGCAUAUGCUCGCUUUUUCAUGGCACAUGUUGUUGAGAACAUGAGGGAGAGCAGUGAGAGAGUGAGUGAUAGACCUGCAGAGAAUGAACUUCCCAUGGCACAGGGUGGAAGUCAGUGGUGGUGAAAGAACAUGAUGUGGGACUGGCAUUAUUACACCAGGCCAAUUAUGAAUUGGACCAACAGUUAACUUUCAGGCCACUUUCAAUUUUAUAAUUCUUAUAUUUUUACAUUCUCGCACCAAAAGUGCCCGUGUGUGUUUUUUAUUACUUCAUAUUCAGAUGCUUGUGUGACUUCCCCUGUAAACCGUAAACACCAGCUUCCAUCAACUACGCCAAGUUUGUGGUGGUGUUGGUCACUGAGUGUUAGAUCAUUGACUUGUGUGACUCUCUACACUGCCUGUGCUCCGGAGAUCCAUCGCCAUGGUUACUAUCCAGUCCAAAUGGCGCUAUUUUUUUAUGUUCCUGGGCAUCCAGCUGGUGGUCAUGGCUCUACUGUCCCGCGAGGGUUAUCAGAAGAGAGUCACCUACUUCAUCCGCAUUUUCCGCAAGCCUGACAGCACGAGUGCAUCAGGCCGCAACCACUCUGCAGGAGGCCUCAGUGGAGGGGAUGUGUAUGCCAACCUCUCACACCUGCCCCGAGCUCAUCGCCAUGGCGAUGACAUGCCUUACUGCCCCAAGACUUCCCCUCUGACAGGUGGGCCCAUCCAUGUGGGCUUCCCGUCAGGGCUCAGUCUGGCAGAGGUUGAGAGGAAGAAUCCACUGGUGGUACGGGGAGGACGUUACAGGCCGCCCGACUGUGAGGCGAGGCAUCGCACCGCCAUCAUCAUCCCUCACAGACACAGAGAACACCACCUCAAGUUCCUGCUCUAUUACUUACACCCUUUCCUGCAGAGACAGCAGCUCAGCUAUGGAGUUUACAUCAUUCAUCAGGCUGGAAACUACACGUUCAACAGAGCCAAGCUGAUGAAUGUGGGUUUCCGUGAGGCCAUGAGGGAGGAGGACUGGGACUGUCUCUUCUUCCAUGACGUGGACCUCAUUCCAGAGGACGACCGGAACAUGUACGUGUGCGACUCCAACCCUAAACAUGCAGCAGUCGCUAUGGACAAGUUUGGCUACAAGCUUCCAUACAAGAUGUACUUUGGAGGCGUGUCCGCUCUGACUCCACUGCACUACCUCAAAAUGAACGGAUUUCCCAACAACUACUGGGGCUGGGGCGGGGAGGACGACGACAUCGGACUCAGAGUGACUCUGGCAGGGAUGUACAUCACUCGUCCAUCGCUGCAGGUCGGCCGUUACAAGAUGAUCAAACACAAGCUGGACAAAGGAAAUGAUGUGAAUCCCAAAAGGUUUAACAUGCUGACUAAAACACGUCACACCUGGAAGUUGGACGGAAUGAACACGGCUGAAUAUGAGAUCAUGUCGAGGCACCACCUGCCUCUCUACACUAACAUCACCGUCCACAUCGGCACGGAGGAAGGUCUGCAUCCUCACGCACCUGCAGCUCCUCCCAACAACCCUGCAGCUCCUUCCAACAACCCUGCAGCUCCUCCCAACAACCCUGCAGCUCCUCCCCACAACCCUGCAGUCAAAGCAGCGGCCAAACACAAGUGACGCCUCGGUCCUCGUGUUUUAUGGUGACGUUAUUUCAGCAGCAUCAUCCUCUCACUGAUCCACCACAGUCAGUGCUGCUGAUCCACCAGAGUCGGUGCUGCUGAUCCACCAGACUCAUUGCUGCUGAUCCACCAGAGUCAGUUGAUCUUCAUGCGCCCUCUGCUGGUAUAAAACAUAACUACAAAGUAUCUGGAGAAAGGAAACAAAUUAAAUGAAGGACAUUUUUGUUUAAAUUAUUAAUGACAAUUCUAGAUUACUGGUGAAUUUAUGGCAUAAUUCGGAUUAUUUCAUGGACUCUAAACUAUACUUGGUCCACGUGUUGACAGGAUGGUAGAUGUCAGUCGUCAGCUGUGAGCCUCAGUCAGAAGUGAAGAAGCCUCUUGAGUCCAGUCGCCCACAGCUAACUAAGUAAAAAUGUGUAACCAAGGAAACAGUUAUGGAAGCAACGAUCAGCAGCCUCACAGAUGAGUCUAGUGCAAAGUUAAAUACAAUAACUUGUUUUUCUUCUUCAAUCCAAACUGCUCAUAUUAAUCCAGUCUUUAUCUAAACCUGAUCUAACUGUGAGUGACAGUGCUGAAGAUGAAGAAGACGAGCUGCUCUUUGUACGUUAAGCUUUACGGAGAAUCAAAUGGACGUGACUUUGUUGUCUUUGUUCCGACAUGACUGAUAAUUCUUCCAAAGGAAACCACAGCAAAAAGCAAAGGCUAAAAAUUGGACUCUAUGAGUUUUGUAUCUAUAGCGCCGCAGUCGCUGCUUAAACCUUGUGAUGCCUUAAAACCCUUUGAUUCACAUUUACACGUGUAUGUAUAUGUAUAUGUGUGUGUGUGUAUAUAUAUAUAUAUAUAUAUAU